AUGUCUAAUNGCGAAGAAGACGAGAAGCAAAGGAAAAGAAUAUCAGCGCGAAAUCAAUUAGAAGGUUAUGUGUUUGGUUUAAAACAAGCCGUUGAUGAAGCUGGGGAUAAAUUAGACGAAUCUGAUAAGAGUGCCGUUCGGAGAGAAUGCGAGGAUUGUUUGAGGUGGUUGGAUGGUAACACUUUAGCUGAAGUUGAGGAAUACGAAGAGAAGCAGAAGAAAUUGUCUUCGAUUUGCAAUCCAAUUAUGGCAAAAAUGCAUGGUGGAAAUGGAGGUGGUCAAAUGCCUUCUGGUAAUUGUGGUAGUCAAGCCGGUGGUUUUGGAAACUAUCAAAAUCGGGGGCCAACUGUUGAAGAAGUCGAUUAA